UACAUUGCAGUCGGUUUCCUGCGCAGAUUACAACUCGCUCUGUACACGCGGAGAAAUACCGGGGAGUGUUCACAUCAAAACUAAAUAUGGUUGUUGGUUUCCAUGGUGACUUUAUCCGAUGGUAGAGAGCGAUCAAUCGUAGGGAUAUGGAUAAACUGUGUGGUUAUUACAACGUCUCUUUUACAGCCAACUCGUCUUGGUUUAUGGUAUCCCGGGUGGCUGGCCCCAACUCGUAGACCUGUCUCCGUAUAGAGUUAGAAUACAUUUUAAAGGAGUUCCAGCGUUAUGACAUGUCACUAAAUCCGACUGAGCCCGCUUCUCUGGCGAAGACGGAACUAGAAGACACAGAAGGCCACAAACAAACAGAGAAGGAAGAAGGAGGUGUGAAACGUGGAGUACACUGGGCCACUAAUGGAUUUGUCAUUUUCUGCCACAGAAAUUUUGAAAUGGUGCGAGAACGGUUUCCACAUCUAGAGAACGGCAAUUUAACGAUGGUGCUACAAGACUGGUGGACACAACUGGAACCAGGAGAAAGAGACUCUUACACAGAAUUGGCAAAACAAUACGAAGAGACGCUCAGGAGUGAACAGCCAGGUGUCGCUCAAAGCACUAGUUCCAAAUCUUCAACUAAAAGCACGCUAAAACUCGAAUUAUGUCAGAAUGUCCAUAAUACAGCUUUAGGAACAUCAUCCUCGCCAUUAACACCCGAGAUUCCAACUCCCUCAUCUCUCAAUGGCCAUAUCACUGUGUCUAAACCUCCAAAGAAGCGGUAUGUGCAAAACGGAACUUUCAAACCUGCCGUUGAACCAAACCCGGGAAGUACUUGUUCUGUAUUACUUGAAUUAGCCGAGGGACAUGUAUCUGCUUCACCUGGUCAUCUCAGCAUACAAACAAAAUCACCUGAUCCCCAUAACAGAGAAACGUUUAGUAGAAAUGAAUCUGUCCAGUCUUAUGGUCCAUCAAACGGUACUGAUAGGCCCGAAGUCCCUCAAAACAGACAAGUCUACAUCUCUAUGCCAAUGAUGGAAAUGGACAUUGCCAGUCGUAUUAUUGAUCAGGCAUUUAGUGACAAGGAAUCAUCACAAAUGACGUUCAGUGCUUCAAGGAAAAGAUUAUCGAAAUCCCCUUCAAAAACCCAGAAUUUGAGUUCAUCGUGUCAUCAGAUCCAGUCCCCAUCAGCAAGUUGUUCCAGUACAAGUGCUUUAGCUGAUGAACCUCUUAAUCUGUGCAAAAGACAACCGAAGACAUUUCAGACAAGUCAACAAAAAAUUAUAAACCAUGUUGUAGAUAUGGCUCUGUGCGGACCAAUCGGAAAUGAUUACCUGACCGACUCCAUCAUUGGUAAGUGGGAAAACCAGUCCCAGCUUUGUGUUCCUGAUAAAGGAGAUACCUGUCAAAAAUUGAAAACCAGAAAUAUAACUGGCUCAUCCAAUAGUCAGGAUAAAGCUAAAUGUCCUUUUCUUGAAGAAUGUACCUUGGAAAAAGAUGACAGGGGUAAUCUAGUGUCUUCUAGAAUUGAUAAGAUUAAUAAAUCUUCAAUUGAUGACUCCUCAGUUUUUAGUGGCCGUGUUACUUAUGAUGAUAUGUGUGUGAAACAGUGUGAAGAUAAUGAUAAAGAAAACUUAAAGAUAACCACCGAUCACAGCGAAGAGCAUAAUAACAGCAUAAAAACGAGUCCCUCCGAGAUGAGGGAUCAAAAGAAUGUAGAAACUGAUUUGACUAGAACUGGUGCUGAAGAAAACUGUGACAGUGAAUGUCAGGAAAGCCAACAAAACGUGACUCACAAAACAGACUGUGAAACCAAAGGUACUAGUAGGGUUUCUUCUAAAAGAAGUAACACUAGUAUUAACUUAAACUGCAACAGGAACAAUGAUGAUAUUAACAGUAGCUCUCUAUCCGAACUAGUAUCAGUCAGUGAAAAACGACUGCACGAAUCUUGUUCCGAGGACAAUUAUGAAGGAACAAUGUCAGUUAGCAUCAAAGUAUCUGAUUCUGAUUUCUGUAAGACUCCAGAAUUUUUACCAAGAACUGAAUUGACAGCAUCUGAGAGCAGCAAAGAGGAACAGUUGCUUCAGACAACUCAGAAACGUAAGGCAUCCGACAUUUCAGGUCAUGGGAAAAACAUAAACAGCUCCAAAGAUACACAAAAAAGCUCAGAUGAAGAAAAAGAUACAGAAAAUUCUUCCAUAACACAGAAAGAUUCGAGAGAUUUACAGCCUGGUACGAAGAAAAGAAAGUGCUACGAAACUGGGUGGGUGAAUAAUUGGUUUUAUGGGUGGUCACUGAAAAAG